GGAGCGCUGUUGUUGUCCCUACGAAUUUGACAGAUGACAUGACAAUUAUUUAAUUGUCAAUUGUGAUCAAAUCGAAAAAUUUCCAGUGUUUUCAUUAAAUCUGUUUAUUUUUUUGUUAAAACCGGCGAUAUCUUUUAAAAAUGACCUCUUUUUUUGGAAGUGCGCUGGGCGGCAACCCAUUUUCUACAACAGUGGGAAACAAAAUAGAGCAGGCGACAGAUGGCACGCUCGCCUCGGAAAAUUGGGCCCUCAACAUGGAAAUUUGCGAUUUAAUAAACGAAACGGAGGACGGACCGAAAGAUGCGAUUAAGGCGAUAAGAAAACGACUCACUCAAAAUACGGGAAGAAAUUAUACGGUUGUCAUGUACACUUUGACCGUUUUGGAAACGUGCGUAAAAAAUUGCGGACGAAAUUUCCAUUUAUUGGCAUGCAACAAAGAUUUCGUGCAAGAGCUGGUGAAAUUAAUUGCUCCAAAAAACGAUCCUCCGCAAGCCAUUCAGGAUAAGAUAUUGAACUUGAUACAGUCUUGGGCUGACGCCUUUAAGCAUCAACCGGAACUGUCAGGAGUCGUUUCGGUUUAUCAAGAUUUAAUUAACAAAGGUAUCGAAUUUCCAGCAACCGAUUUAGAUGCAAUGGCUCCGAUUUUUACUCCACAAAGGAGUGUGGAGGCGACCACAUUACCACCGGUAGAACCCGAGCAGCCCUACUCCACAGCGCCACUAGUAUCCAGUCCCACGCAUGGAGCGUUAUCACCCGAACAACGUUCUAAACUACAGUCGGAAUUGGACGUUGUCCAAUCGAACAUGGUUGUUUUCGGAGAGAUGUUAAACGAGAUGCAGCCUGGUAACGAGCAUCCAGACGAAUUAGAGUUGUUGCAGGAGUUAAACUCCACAUGUCACGGAAUGCAGCAGCGUCUCGUCGAGUUGAUAAGCAAGUUGUCCAACGACGAACUGACCGCGGACCUGUUGCGGAUUAACGACGAUCUGAAUAAUCUGUUCUUGAGGUACAGUAGAUGGGAGAAAAAUCGCGAGGCGGGCGGUCAGUCGGCUUCGGCCGUGUUGGCUAAGGCGAUUGGACCGGGCCCGAAACCGAUUCCGUCACAGGCAGAUGACAGUCUUAUUGAUCUGGGGCCGCCGGAUUUGUCCGAUCAUUUUGGUAACUUAAACUUAUCUUCCGUCUCCGCAUCCGCACAACUGGCGCAAGUCGGUACCGUAACAGCCAGAAAUGGUCCGAAAGGCGAUGACGAAUUUGACAUGUUCGCGCAAUCGCGAAACGCGACGUAUGAGCAGAGCAAAACGGGAGGCAGUUCGUACAAGGAUAAUCUUAAUCCCGAUCAAAUCUCCGGCGGUUUGAGUUCGGCGACCCAAGCUCGCCAGAACUCCAGGGACUCUGAUUUUGAUGAAAUGGCUGCAUGGCUUGGUGACACGAAUACAGCCGAAGAAUCGGUGACCAGUAGCGAAUUUGAGAAGUUUCUGGCGGAACGAGCGGCCGCCGCCGAGUCAUUACCGAACGUAAGCGCGACCCCUAGCAGUAUCAAUGAAUCUAAUGACCAAGAAAACAUUCGAUCGCGAUCAAAAAAUAAUAAUAAGAAAGAGGGUUUAUUAGCAUUGUGAAUUAA